AUGAAGAAUUGUUAUGAGGAAACGGCAGUUGCCCUGUCGAGCAUUCCCAGGAUAGACGAUCCACACACCACCUUAACUCUGCCCCACAACGACGACGGGGGCCACUGCUGCCUGGUCAAUAAGUGGAGCACGUUCCUGAAAGCCCGGCUCCUCUGCUCCGUGCCAGGACCCGACGGGAUCGACACGCACUUCGACGAGCUCCAGGACGUGUUCAUCCAGCAGACACAGGACGUGAAGAACCCCAUCAUCUACGCCGUGUUCGCUGCCUCGGGGUCGGUGUUCAGGGGCUCUGCCGUGUGCGUGUACUCCAUGGCCGACAUCCGCAUGGUCUUCAACGGGCCCUUCGCCCACAAGGAGGGGCCCAACUACCAGUGGGUGUCGUACCAGGGCCGUGUGCCCUACCCCCGCCCGGGCAUG